AUGGCAUCUCAGAUCGUGGUGAUAGCGAAUCUCAUUUUUCUCUCUUUUUGCAUCUAUGUCGAUGCUGACACUCCUGCUAACUGUACCUAUGAAGAAAUAAGUGGAUCAUGGCUUUUUUCGAUCGGAGAAGGAGGCCACGACAACACCGUCGACUGCUCCUCGUUCAAACCUGUGUCUGAGCUUCACGUGACUUUGUUGUUUCCUGACGUCGCAGUUGAUUCCGAUGGAAAUGUCGGCUUUUGGACGUUGAUCUACAACCAAGGCUUUGAAGUAAAUAUAAAUGGAGUGGUGUAUUUCGCCUUUUCAUCUUACGAGAAGAGUGGUGAAAAAGUGAUCAGUUUUUGCGACAAAACCUUAAAUGGAUGGAGUCAUGCCGCAAAGGGUUAUCAUGCUGGAAAUUGGGCUUGUUACAGCGGUAAGAUUUUAUAAAUUUGAGGAUUUUUUUAAAAGAAGCGGUUUUUUAAAUAUUUAACAAUAAAAAAUUGCGAGAUUGGCACUACACUACAACCGGUGUUUAUCAGCAGAAAAUUGUAAAAAGACCUCAAGCCCACAGAAAUCAAGCCUCCAAUCGUAAAUCAGCAAUGCGUUGUUUACUCUUAUUUUACAUGUGAUCUGUGUGUUUCAGAUUACGUCGGCUUUACAGCUCGACACCUUCAUCAACGUAUUGUUGAACAUGAAAACCCUACGAUCGGUAAACAUUUUUCGACAGCCCAUGGGGAUACAAGCCCCCUCGAAGAAAGCCAAUUCCGCAUUCUGAAAAAGUGGCAAGGAAAAUUUGUCUGUCUUGUCUAUGAGAUGCUUUUCAGCAAGCAGCGCACUCCUUGUUUCAACACGCAGACUGAUUCCAUUCGCGUAAAACAUUCCAUUACCUAUUGUUUUUUUAGCAUUUAAAUAUUUUUUAUCUUUCACUCUUUGACUUGAUAAUGACAUUAGCCAAACGUCGAAACGUCGAAACGUCGUCAACAUAUUUUUAAUAUGCUUUUACGAAAUGUUUUAUCGCAAUUUUUCAUCGUUAAAAGAUUUUUUCAAAAAGUCAUUUAUGAUCAUUAUUCAAUGGAAUGUGAAUAUGGGUCCCAUGCUUUUAGAAUUGAAUUUCAAUAACAUCGAAAAUGAAUCAAGCCUUAUACUCUAAAAACGAAAGGAAAGUCCAGACUUCCGAUCUUGUUGCUAAACAUGGCUGUGUACGCGCGAGUCCUGGCACGGAGGGUUUGGUCAUAAUUUAGAUCGCGUUUUUCGUUUCCUGCGCUCUAAAAGUUUAGUUUUUCAGUUUUUGCGUCAGUAUCAAUUUUCAGCAUCUGGUUUGGGUUUCAGAACAAGAACCGCCAGUUUUUCAGAUUUUAUACCUUUUGAUAGAUCAUAAGAAAACAAUAACACUUACUUCAAUUGAUUUACGUUCGUUUGCUUUCAAUAGGGAAAAAAACUUCAGGAAAGGUUCCACCCAAAACAGAAAACUUUAAACCUCAACAAAAUGCUGUAAAUCAUGAGUUUAUUCCUAAUCGGGAGUUUAUUGACCAAAUAAACAGUGCACAAAGUUCUUGGAAAGCUGUGGUGUAUGAGGAAUAUAGUGGGAUGACAACAGCACAGUUAAUUUCCCGUGGUGGUGGGCUAAAGAGGCAGAAUUUCCCAAAACCAAGGUAACUCACUUACCUUACUUUCUGCCUUUCUUGGUAUUUUCAUUGAUUUUCUUUAGCUAAUGAUUUUGAUUUAUUAACCUUUUAACUCCCAGCUCAAAUUUUUAAUCCUCCAUACUGUCAACCACACAAUUCUUACAAAGUUAGUCCAGAGAAUUUAGUAUUGGAUCAACCAAUUAUCCCCAAAUUGAUAUUUUUCUUUGUUCUAAUCACUUAUUUGGUUAAUAUUGUAUUGAUUCCUUAAGGAGAAUUUUUGUCUUGGUCAUUCAUGGGAGUUAAAGGGUUAACCCUUUCCAACCUGAUAUCAGUAUGCACACUCUUUAUACUGCUCCCUACACAUUUCCUGUGGCAUUGACAAGGAGAAUUUUUGUAACAAUCAAGAGAUUCUUGAGUUUUCAAUAAUUUCCUUUAUUCUUACUUACAAUGUUUGAUUCAGGGGUCAUGAUACUGAUUGGAGAAAAUACAUGCUUUUCACUCUUAAGGGGUUGAAGAGUGUUGGGACUCUAAGGUUAUAGACUUAACGGAAAAUCAAAACAUCAGGAGAUACCAGAAAAGCCAAAAUGGGCAUUGGAUGGAUAAAAUCAUUUUUGAAAAAAGACAUUACUCUCUCUUUUACUAUUUUGAAAGUUAAUUCCUGAAGUGGACAAAAAAUAAAGAAGAGUUGUAUAGUGGUUGUUGCAUACUCUUCAAUUUGGUGAAUAUAUAUCAUUACAGCAAAGUGAAAGAAGCAGAUCUAUUGAAAGCUCAAGUGCUCCCAGAAGAGUUUGAUUGGAGAAAUGUUGAUGGGAAAAACUAUGUCAGUCCUAUCAGAAAUCAAGGUAGUUGUGGCAGCUGUUAUGCUUUUGGUACUAUGGCCAUGUUCGAGGCUCGUGUACGUAUCAUGUCAAAUGGAAGUGCAACGCCAGUGUUCUCUACUCAAGAUAUUGUAAGCUGCUCUGAAUAUUCUCAAGGUUGUGAAGGGGGUAGGUAUUGAAUAUCUGUUUGUGCUUUGUGCCAAUCCACCAGCAGAUAAUUUAUGGUAUACUAGCUGAGAGAAAGUUUAGGAAAGAACUUAGGACAUGAAAAAUUGCUGACAUGGGCAAAGAACAGGCAACAGGGAUGGGGAAAAGGAAGUCUUAUUUGAUGGGGAUGUGGAAUUAGUGGGGUAUAAGUUUCAGUUUUUAAGCUUUAGGGAAUGGGGAGUAAGCAAUUCCUUGAUGAGUGGGAAGGAUGAUGUCAAAAAAAAGGAUAUCAAGACAAACACCAAGAAUUAAAACUUCCAUUUUUCUAUUCAAUUGACAAGAACAGGGAAUAUUAAUAAUAGGAAGAGGGUUGCUUGGAACUAGAUUGUUAAAUGAAAUUUUAAGAGGGAUUCAAAUAAGGGGUGGGGGAUGAUGAAUAUGUAUGUUUAAGAAAAGAGCAAUCAUCAUGGAGAAAGGAGGACUUGAUCAGACUGGAAACCCAAGCUGUGGAGGAGAGAAAGUUGUAUUUCACCUCCUCUGAACUGUGAAACUGGUGAAUUACAUUAUGUUUGUAUUGAAAAGAUAACCAAGAAACUACUUGCAUCUAGUGAUUUCUUGAUGGUCUAAUAACCAUUUAAAACUUAAGAGUGAUAGGAAUCUAGUUUCUCCUAACAGUAAUACUGCUUAAUCAUUCAUUCAGUCAGUACCAAAGGAAAUGUGUAGAAAAGAGUGGGGAGAAUAUGAAUACUGAUGUAACAGUGUAAACAGUUAAAUUCAGUUUAAAAAAUGUGCUUUGUGAAGCAGCCUUCCCAUUAUUGUAUCUCUGGUUUGUUUCAGACCCUGCUGUCACUGGUGGGUUGAAUUAGUUGUUAUUUCUCAUACUCACUUUGAAGGUUUUUUCCACAGGGUCCUCAAGUAUUCCCCCCAACAAUAUAUAAAAGCCAAAAUUUCCAUUUUUGCACCAAGGAAAAAGAGGAUGUAAAACUUCUCUGUAGUUUCCCUUAUUUCAUAUUAAGCAAGUAGGCUAGAGACCUGAAGAUUGUUAUGAGCCUUUGAAUCAAUACAUAGGGAACCCACUGAAUGAAUUUGCUACUGCUAAAUUCUGAUUUAUUGCAAUAUAUUAAUUUCUGUUUAUUUUGAAGGUUUCCCAUAUCUCAUUAGCAAGUAUGCUAAAGACUUUGGUUUGGUGGAUGAAGAAUGUUUCCCUUAUGAAGGCAAGGAAGUGCAAUGUAAGGAAAAGAGGUGCUCAAGGCAGUUUGGGACUGGGUACCACUAUAUUGGUGGGUUUUAUGGAGGAUGUAAUGAGGAGCUAAUGAGGAUUGAAUUGGUGAAGAAUGGCCCCAUAGCUGUCUCUUUUGAGGUAUAUGAUGACUUCAGGUAUUAUAAAGGAGGAAUAUACCAUCAUACAGGUGAGAAAUGUUUCCAUUUGUCACCAACAGGUUAAUUAAUUCUUUGUAGCAUGGAGCAGCCAGGAGUGCUACCAGCACUCAUUAGCCCUUUAAAUCCUGAGAAUGAUUAGCAUCUAAUUUCUCUCUACAAUAUCACUGCUGAAUCACACAUUACGGUCAUGAGAAUAAAGGAAAUGAUCACCAAUGAAAGAACUUUUUGAUCAGUAAACAAAUUCUCCUUGUUAGCACUUUAGGAAAUGUAUUAAUAACAGUAUGGAGAAUAUGCAUACUGAUGUUAGCAUGUAAAGGGUUAAGGCAGGAGGAGCUAGUCCACCAUAGGUAACCUGCCAAUAUUUUGUCAUGUGCCCUGGACAUUCUGCCAUUAAUCAUUUUUACUUCUGGGCCAGGAGAGAGAAAAAAAAAGACAAUGACCUUUGGUAGGAAAACAUAGUGGUCAAAGAUAGGGCAAGUGUUGCAAAUGGGUCAAUGUUGCCCAGCCAUUUGAUAUCCUGUACUUCAACACAAGAUAAAACCAGUGUCAUGCAAAAUUCACUUUGUAGAAAUUUGUGGGAGGUAUUAAAAUAGUGAAAAGGAAAACUCAAGACUUUGCAAACACAAAGCUUAUUUAAUCACAUAUAUCCUGUAGAUUUACUAAUUUUAUUUGAGCCUUUACAAGAAAGUUACAAGCUUUUAAAUAACUGUGAAUAGCCCACAUAAGUAGUUGUUUAUAACUUCUAAAUUAGAGAGAACUUGGUUUUGUCAGCCUUAAAGCAAGUCUCUUGGCUGUAACAGCAUUCUCACAUGAUCAGAGGUGUGACAGCUGUAACAGCCAGAAUUGAAAGUGGAACUUUUGGUCCAGAGUGCAGUUUGCAAACCACAAGGUGUCUGCAUCAUUGCUAGUGACCAGGAGUGGUAUUGAUAUUGCAGUAAUGCUUGUGGCUUGGUUUCUUAGUUCUGUUAUGUUUUGUUUUGUUUUUAACUUUCUUGGUUUGAUUCAAUUAUGGUACAGUUAAGCUGUUGACGUCAACUCUCAUUCUCCUCAUCAUCAGAAGCAUCAUUGUUGUCACUCUCUAUACCUUUGUCAUCACUAAUAUCGCCAUAACCCAUCAAGAACAAUUCAACAAUUACAUUACAACCUGGUCGUGAGCUUUUGUUUCAAUGAUUAUCCAUAAGUGGCUGUCAAUGGUGUAAUAGGCAGCCAUGCCACAAGGCAACCCACCCUCCCCCUCCCCCCCCCCCCACCCUCAGCAACCUUUCAUCAGGUUCCUUUGAUGGUUUUGCUGUUAACCACUUAUUCACAGUCAUUCAUCUGAGAUGCAGUGUGGACAUAUCUUUAGCCAAGGUGGAAAGUCAGUUCCAGACUGCAGCAUACAAACAAGUUUAUCCCCAAUAAGAAGCAAUACUUACAAGUUGCAAUAUUGCCAUUACUUUAUAUACUCUGUUUCAUACAACCAACUGAUCUUGUGUUUUGUCUUACUGCUCUCUUUAUGACACAGGUCUGACGGACAAAUUUAACCCUUUUGAAAUAACUAACCACGUGGUGGCAAUCGUUGGAUAUGGAGCUGAUAAAGAGACAGGUGAAAAGUUCUGGAUUGUGAAAAACAGCUGGGGGGAGAACUGGGGCGAGAGUGGCUUCUUCCGUAUCAGACGAGGAACCGACGAAUGUUCGAUUGAGAGCAUUGCUGUCUCAGCUCAGCCAAUACUGGAAUGA